UGUCUGUUCUCCAUACGUUUUCUGUCUUUCUGGUAGCUAGCUAGCGAAUGUACGGCACGGCACUCAUGACUCGCGAGCCGUAAUAAGGCUAUUGUGUCGAUCGACUCAAUUCAGUUCAAUUCAUUCAGUUGCCACCCAGACAAGCUAAUGCCAUUCCACUCCAUUCCGCUCCACUAGACUGCACUCCACCGCUACCCCAAUUCGCCCCUGCAUAUGCACUUAUAUUCAUCCACUAUCCCCCUUUUCCUUUCUCACCAACGCCCUACUCUCCCUCUCCCGGUCCGUUUCCAAAUCAUCUCUCCUCUCCUCUCGCUGCCCUGUCUACUCCCUCCAUCCGACGUUUCAUUUUCUUUCGUCCUAUUCGUCGCUUUAUGGCUCUCGCAUCGCGACCAAACCUCGUCAAGAAAUACGCUAGGAUUCUCAGUUCCUCGUCGCUUCUCUCCGCUUCUCUCCACUAUCCCUCCCACCAUCUCACGCACCACAUCGCCUCUCACUCCACUCUAACGCCACCGCUGCUACUCCGUCAGCGAAUCCCUCCUCUCCUUCUCCUUCCCUAUCUUCCGCUGGCGCAAUCCCUCCGUACUCCUCUCCUCGGGCAAGACCGGCGUAGUAGGUUUCGUCGUCGGCGACGGCGACGGCGAAACUUCAACGUCUACAUCUUCUUCAGGAUCCGGUGCGUUUUGCGAGGCGGUGGGAGAGGCAGAGGUGAAGGGAUCGGACUGCGGGGCGGGAGGGAAGAGCCAGGUUGCGCAGUGGAGGAAUGGGGUGGGUUGCUGGGGAGAGGGAGAGGUGGUGGAGGUGGGAGGAGGGGGUGUGGAUGGGGAUUUAGUGGGCGGGGGGACGAGCCAGGUUGGGCAGUGGAGCAUUGUGUUGUUUUGUGCGGCGGGGGUGUUGGAUUAGAUUGGGGUGCGCAGUGGUUUUCUGGGUAGUUGGUGUUUGAACAGGACGGUUGGAUUCGAUUUGGAUUAUGAUUGUCGUGGUUUUCUUUUUGUGGUUGAUAGUUGAUGGUUGGUGGCGCAGGGAAGUCGGAGAUAUAUGUGCAUUGUGUGGUCUU